CUUGAACGGGCCUCAAAGAUUCAGAUGUGUCAAGAUCAUGUUCCAUAGGCCGUAGAGUUCCCAUUUACUGGUUUGGAUGGGAAUGCAUGAAUGCAUGAAAUGGAGAGUCCAUCAACAGUGGUUUGAUGGCAUGCCCAAUUGCGAACAUGUGUGGCUGCCGACUAUGGCUCAAGCCUGAAGGUUGCAGAAUGAUUCGUUUUAUCCUUUUACAGAACCGGCAGGGCAAGACCCGUUUGUCCAAGUGGUAUGUGCCUUUCAAUGCCAGUGAGAAGUUCAAGAUUGAGUCCGAGAUCCACCGGGCUGUGGUGACACGUGACCCAAGAAACACAAACUUUCUGGAGUAUCGAAGCUACAAGAUCAUCUACCGUCGAUACGCAGGGAUGUUCUUCAUUUUCUGCGUGGAUAUGAAUGAUAAUGAGCUGGGCAUCCUUGAGCUCAUCCACCUUUUUGUGGAAGUUCUGGAUGGCUAUUUCGGCAAUGUUUGUGAGCUCGACCUGGUCUUCCAUUUUGACAAGGUCUACCGAAUCUUGGAUGAGCUCUUGUUGGCGGGGGAGGUCUCAGAAACAUCUACAAGCAAGAUCAUAGCUAUCAUGAAAAGCGUUGACAAGAUGGACUGACGCCGGCGCGCACAGGGGCAUAAUAAAGUGGCGCCACUGUACUGCAAGAGAUGGUAGUGCUGCUCAUCAUCAAUGCUGACCAAGGGCUCUAAAUGGUUUGGUCUAAUCUGAG